AUGAUUCAAAUUCUCAACCAAAUUCAAAGAACUAUGGCUAUCAGUUCUUGCCGAACAAGUGAAUUAAGAGCUUUUGAUGACACAAAAGCAGGUGUUAAAGGACUUGUUGAUGCUGGAAUCACCAAGAUUCCUCAUUUUUUCCAUCAACCUCAGGAUGCCUCAGACUCCACCACGACUCCACUUGCUGUUGAUGCCAAGUUCAGUUUUCCUGUCAUCGACCUCCAAGGUCUCCAUAACGAUUCAUUUCGGCGCAAGCAGGUUGUUGACCAAGUUCAAAAUGCCUCGGAGACUUGGGGAUUUUUUCAAGUGCUCAAUCAUGGAAUUCCUCUCUCUGUUCUCCAGGAGAUGAAGGAUGGUAUUCGUAGGUUUUACGAGCAAGAUAUUGAGCUGAAGAAGAAAUUUUACACUCGUGAUUAUUCCAAAAAGGCUGUGUACAAUAGCAAUUUUGAUUUGUAUACUGCACCAGCAGCCAAUUGGCGAGAUACCCUUUUUCUUCUCAUGGCUCCGGAUCCUCCCAAGGAAGAACAUCUCCCAGCCGUCUGCAGAGACAUACUAAAGGAGUACUGCAAGGAAAUGAUGAAAUUGGGAAGCUUACUGCUGGAAUUGUUGUCUGAGGCUCUUGGUCUAAAUCCAAACCACUUGAAAGAUAUGAAUUGUGGUGAAGGACUUGCUCUUCUUUGUCACUAUUAUCCAGCAUGCCCCCAACCAGAAUUAACCUUGGGCACAAGCAAGCAUACAGAUAAUGACUUCCUCACAGUUCUUCUACAAGAUCAUAUUGGUGGCCUCCAAGUUCUGCAUCAGAAUCAAUGGAUUGAUGUCCCUCCCUCGCCGGAUGCUCUAGUAGUUAACAUCGGAGACCUUCUACAGCUCAUAUCUAACGACAAGUUUAUUAGCGUGGAGCACAGGGUGUUGGCAAACCAUGGUGGACCAAGAAUAUCAGUGGCGAGCUUUUUUAGCACAUCUGUUAUGCCGAAUUCAAGAGUCUAUGGACCAAUUAAAGAGUUGUUAUCUGAAGAUAAUCCUCCCAAGUACAGAGAGACCACAGUGAGAGAAUAUGUUGUCUACUCCAAUGGAAGAGGCCUUGAUGGCAUUUCUCCUUUGCUUCAAUUCAGGCUCUGAAACUUCAUAACGAUUAUGAAGUUUUUGUUCCUAAGAUUGAUCCACUAGAACUACACUUUGAAUGUGGAUCCUUUUAAAUAAAUUGAUGAUUUGUUAGCCUUCUGUUUUUAAGCAAUGAUCCAAGCUAACAACCUCAUCGGGGUGAGCAUUUGAAUUGUUUAAUU